AUGCCGAGAAAAUCGCAUACUUUAUCUGGAACGAGUAGUAAUAGAACAGAAUCGUCCCCUAUAAAGCAGUCGUUAGUUUCAAAGAUCAUGGCAUUCCAGAAACAAUCUACAAAGCUGGCUCCGAAAAUUGAAAAACCUCCGAAGCCAAGCAACGAGAAGGUAAUUAAGACAGUGGUGCGAGAGGCGAUAAAAAAAUACAACAAGAAUACUCCUUUGUCCACCACUGCUUCAGAAACACCAACGUUGCCAUCUCUUCUGUCUACAACAAACAAGAUUGAUCAAACAGUGAGUGUGAAAAAUAAAAAUCGUAACGUCCCGAGAAGAUAUCCUCGUCAAAGAAAGGACAAGGUUCUAUCAGAUAUCACCGACAUGUAUGCCGUUGGUUUGAGAUUAACCAAAAACGCUACUUUACAGCCGUCAGGCAAAAAUUCGAUAUCGUCCAACACUUGCACCGAUUCGGAAAGUGAAUUUGAUGAAUCAGUGAACGUAAUACCGUGUCUGCCAACGAAUUUCAGUAACCCGUGCACAAACGACGAUCAUAUUUUCAAGCCCGGCGAAAGAGCACUCGAUGCAGCGAGAGUAACGUUUGAUCAAACGUUAUACAUCUGCUCAAAUGGAAGCCCAGAACUCCGUUUGAAGAAACGAUCGAUACGAAGAGAAGUUGAAAACACUUCCGCGAGAGUUGCACGGCUAACGAAAAAGACGAACUGUUUCAGGGAGAAACAUAAUCUGAAGAACAAGCACUGCAGAAUGAGAUUCUGUACGUCGCGAUUCCCUGGCAAGUGUGAGAAACAAACAGCAUUGAAAGACAAAAUAUUUCUUGAAGAAGAACGUACGAGAAGUAACGGGAGUGUGCACUGCACGAUGCGACAAACGAAUGACAGUGGAACUUUCUUGCGAAACAACGAGCAGAUAGAUCGGGACGAAGAUCUGAUCGCAGAUUCUAACCAUGGAUUCUCCGACAUUCGAAAGAACGAUCGAAAAUCAAAUACUGCAGAACGUACGUUCGAUGGCUCGAACGACGUGAAAACUAUUACGACUCGCAAAUGGCAAAUAACGUUAACCUCUGCGGAUUGCACGAUUGAAGAGCACUGUCAAGGUUGGCAGAUAUAUCCGAAAGAUCGGGAGGAAAUCGGAGAGGAGUCGAAGAUCGUUUUACGAGUUACCGAUUCGACAAUGAUCGCGAACGUAGAACCGGUGAGAACCGCGAACGUCGAAAUCCUCUGCAAUCGUGACGACCUGGACGAUUUGCUCGAAGAAGAGGAGAAAGAAAACGCGAAUACUCACGGCAAGAUUAUCCUGAGGGAAUACCUGAGACUUCUCUCCACCCAGGAGGCGAAGAUCAAUUUCAUCCUGAAGGUUCUGACGAAGGCAGUGAACGAGCAUAAGGUUUUCGCGAUUUACGGCAUUUUCCCAGCGUUGAGAAAGCCCUUGGGGAAAAGGGGCUGGAUAGAGAAACGGUUUAUCAGAAGAAUGCUGUCGAUGUCGCCAGAGAUCUCGGAAGGUUGCUCGCAGACACUCAUUCUAUUCACCGUGACAGCGAAACAUAUACAAAUCCUUUGUGUUUCAGUCGGCCUGGAAACGAUCGAAAAGUUAUUGCGUUAUCCUGCCAAUUUUGUAUGGUACACUAACAAAAGGGCACCUGUUAGAACGGAAGAGAAAGUCAUAAUUAACAAAUUCUCCGGAUCAAAGCGAUUUCAGGUCGACAUGUGCAAUAAUUUGGAAAAUAUUUCUUGGUUCUACGAAACUGGCGUGUCGAACGUGCAAUUCCCACGAUGCUACAACGUUUACCAGCCGGCGCAGAUAGAGGAAUUCGUGCGGGAUUUUUACAUCACAGCCUGCACGGGAAUUCUCAAGUGGUUCUUAUUCUUGGCUACUAUAGCUGGACCGAAUGCUGUUUGGUCCCAAGACGGCACUAUCCCUAUAAAAGCAAUUUCAUUCGCUCUCGAGCGAUGCGCUGAAUACAUAAGCAUCUGCGCGCACGAAGAUAUUGAUGGACAGAAUUACAAAGAAAUAUCGAUUUCUGAUUGGAAUCAAUUUUUAUUCUGGUACGAACAACUUUCGCACAGACGAGAGAUAUUGGAGAGGAAUGACGACAUAGACAUCGAGGAACUUCUACGAUUCACUGCAAGCACGAUGAAAGAAAUGACGCAGUGUCGUGAUCAAAGUCAAAUCGACGGGAUGAGGAACGUCUGGAUUCUAAAACCAGGUGACAAGAGUUUGGGAAAAGGUAUAGUUCUGAAGAGUUCGUUGCGAGAGAUUCUAAGCAAGAUAAACCAGGCUGCCAAGGAAUACACGCAGUACGUCGUGCAGAAGUACAUAGGGAUAUUCUGCUGCGUUUCGCAUCGAAAGAUUUCACCCUCGAUAACUUCCACGAAUCGAUUCAUUUAUGCAACACGACUGUGCAGCUGAAGUACAGGAAGACAGUGGGACAGAACGCGCAGAUACCCAGCGAGCUUCACUGGAAUCUUCAGAACUUCAAGGAAUAUCUGAAAAAUACCGAUCGCGAGUCAGCAUGGGAGAAGCUAAUUAAACCAGGCAUAAAGCAAAAUUUAAUAGGAGCACUUCUAGCAUCCCAGGAAAACAUGGUCAAUCGAAAAAACAGCUUUCAAUUAUACGGCGCUGAUUUUUUAAUAAUGGAUGACCUGUCGGUUUGGUUAAUCGAAAUCAAUACGAAUCCACGAUUGCAUCCUCCUAGCAGUAUUGUUACUGAGAAGCUUUAUCCGGAAAUAAUAGAGGAUACUAUUAAAGUGAUUAUAGACAGACGUAAGAACAAGAAAGCUGCUCGUGGUAAGUUCGAGUGCAUCUUUAAACAACGCAAUCCAUUUUAUGGAAACGUUUUGGGAAAAGGAGUGAGUCUUGGGAUUCGCGGCAAAGCGUUACUUCCGCCAUCGAAUUCACCUCGAAAAUGAGGUGAAAAACAGAAAAGUACCUCGUAUAAGAGGAUUAUUAUAACAGGACGGCGAAGGAGACAUAAAGUAAGAUUUAA